GAAGUUUAAAGUUAUGUCGAAAUCGAAAUAAAAAGCUUUAACUUCAACUCAACCAACUCGAAGGACGUGAAUCCUCGUAGUAAAUAGAAUUAAAUUACAAUGUCAGGGGACAUGAUUGAAGAUAAAAAGGAGGAGGAGAAGGUAUAUGGCGGCUGUGAGGGCCCAGAUGCAAUGUAUGUUAAGCUAAUAUCUUCAGACGGUCACGAGUUUAUUGUGAAGCGAGAACAUGCACUCAUGUCUGGCACUAUCAAGGCUAUGCUCAGCGGACCCGGUCAAUUCGCUGAGAACGAAACUAAUGAAAUUCACUUCAGGGAAAUUCCGUCACAUGUACUCCAGAAGGUGUGUAUGUACUUCACUUACAAGGUUCGCUACACUAACAGCUCUACUGAGAUUCCGGAGUUCCCAAUCGCUCCUCAAAUCGCUCUCGAACUACUCAUGGCAGCUAACUUCUUAGACUGCUGAACUGUUAUUUAUCUUAAUUUCAAUUCAUUUGGACAGUCACAACUAUUUAUUUACGUUUCUUUUCUUUGAAACGAGGUGUAUAUUUUAUAGUUUAUUAUUUUUGUAAUAAUGGCCUUUAAAAUGCUAAUAAGUGUUACAGUGUUUCGCAAUAACGAAUUAACUAUUGUUUGUAAUUAAUGAAACCAGAAAUCAUUCACAGUAUCAAAAUCAUACUUUUUUUUAGAAUACCGGAUUCCAUGAUGUAUAUCUGUAUAACUUUUAUUACUGUACGGCAUAAAAAAAUAUGAUGUGAGAUAAAAUUCCAAAGCUUGAUUAACCUAUUAUAGUCUAACAGAAGUAAAAUACUAUACAUUUUAACAGUGAUUUAUUGAAAGUGAAUAUUCUUAAGUAAUAAGGUAAAAUUAGUCAUGAACAUGGUUUUGCCUUACUUAGCUCUCGAUUUCCACAUUAGCUAAAAUCCUAGUACCAGAGAACACCUUGGCAUAGAGGAAGGUUCACCUAGUCAGUGAAAAGGGACUCAAAUACAUUAUCUUUAACUACCUACAGCUGAAUAUGUGUACAUAGUUUUGUUAAAAAGCAACUUAGCAUGACACGUCUUAACACUUGGGUUGUAGACUUUUGAAAAGAAACGGUUUAAUUAAAUUCCAUGUAAAUGGUUUAAUUUAACCAACUAUAUUAUCGAGCAGCUAGGCUCUCACACACUGACUUGUCAAGCAGGUAAGAUGGAUUAAUGUAGAUCAUUAAUCUUACCUUGUAGAUUUGUUAGCUCCUGAGAUCACUUUUUAUUUUUGUUACUGUUUCAUAAAUGUGUUGAUUGGGUUUAUUAUAAGUAAAUGUGAUUGAUGAUAAUAGGCUGUAUGUAAAUGUUUACUUUUAAAGUACUUGUCAAAGAGUGAGUUCUGUUGUAUCAUCAAUUAACCGCCGUAUGAAAGUCUGCUAAACUGAUGUUGCUCAGUAAGAGGAGGAUAUUAUGUUUUAUGAACUUGUUGGUUCACUGUUGGGUGUAUUGUGCUAAGUCCAACCUAUAAACCUGUAAAAUUACACUUUUACUUAAAUAAAAAUCAUAUGUAAAUUUC